ACCACAGUAGCAUCCGAAGCCCCAAGAAGCCUCCACUCAAGGGGAAACAGCGGCCGUUUAGCAGCUGCUAGGGCCGUCUAACGUCCCAUGGCCCCGGGUACAUAAGCAAUGCAGUCCGCGGCGUGAUAAUGACCCGACCAGCCCUCGCGCCGUCGUCUCUCGUUUUGCUCGCGCAGCCAUUUAACGGUCCGCCAUCCCGCAUUCCGCUAAGGCCCGCCAUCUCGAUUGUGGCUGCUUACCUGUCUUAAUCUUUGGGUCCUUUCGUUCUUUUCGUUCUUUUCUGUCCAUCGACAGGUUGACCGCGCAAUGGAGUUGAAACUCUCCACCGCCCUGCAGGCAUGCGCCGCCCAGUUGCUGUUUGCUGGAUCUGCAUAUGCGUCUCAAUGGACUGUGACCUCCUACUACGCCGUCGUCGAGACUACUUCAACUUACUCGACCUACACCGAGGAUUGGGCCGUCGACACCUACACCCAGACCAUCACCCUCAAGCCGUCAGCAGUUGAGGACUUCUCUGUCUCAGCUACCUCAACAUACGUCUCGGAGGACACCUACUACGACGUCAAGAUUGUCGAGGUCUACUACGACCCAACCGACGUGGAUUCUUCCGACAUUGUGCCAACUUCGACGUACAACAGUGAUGAUUACACCUACACCUACUACUACCAGGAGGUAUUCUACACUGCUCCAGCAUCUUGCGAAACCGCCUUUACUGUCCAGACUUACGUCGAUGUCUACAUUCCUUCCGAGGUUCGCGAUCAAAUCACUCCUUCCAGCGUUACGACAUACACCUCAAGCUACGACGAUGGCGGCAAGUACACCAUGGUCCAGGCCUUUUUGUCUGAGGGCGAGGUGUCCUUGAGCUCUGCGACCACCAAAGACUUCAUCCAGAGUUAUUAUCUGGACGACUGCAUCAACCCUACCGCCACGGGUAGUGACAGGUAUAACGGUGACUACGGCUAUGGUGAUGAUAACGACGACGACGACGACUCCAGCAGCAGCGGUGGUGGCUACGGCUAUACUGUCUGUUCCCUCUACGGAUACGGAUGUACCUCCCUCCAGACCUGGAUCAUCAUCAUCGCAUCCGUCCUCCCGGGCUUGUUCGUCCUCGGCUUUAUCGAAUCGUUCUUCUGGUUCAGGAGAAUGAUGCUCGGCAAGGCAGCCCUGAGAUUUGGCACCAUCUGCUGGGUUCUCCUUACGCUGUUGGUCCUCUGCUUCACGAGACACAGCCCAGCCCGAAACAAGGCCGAUGCCCCUGCUCUUCGCGAACAGUGGAAUGCCAUGAGCAUCGGAACGAGGAUUAAGCUGUGGUUCAGAUGGGGCUUCCGACACGCGUAUCCUAUCGAACUCUUGGGCCCGGACCCAAAGACCUUCAAGGAUCCCAGACCAGCGGAUGGUACGCAGCCUCCACCAAUGAUGUACAUGGGACCUCCAGGACCUAAUGGCCAGCCGCCGCCUAUGAUGUUCAUGGGACCCCCUGGACCCAACGGCCAACCUCAAAUGAUGAUGAUGGGACCUCCUGGGCCUGAUGGUCAGCCUCAGAUGAUGAUGGUGCCGGUUCAGAUGCCUCCUCCAGUCGAAGGACAACCCCCGAUGCAAUACUAUCCGUACCCGCAGUACCCGAUGGGCACGCAGCCCCCGACAGACCCCAACAACCCUGCAAACACGCAGUCUCAGAUGUACACUCAACCUCAAAUGUACAUGCAGCCUAUGUACAUGCAGCCAGCGGUGGUUCCAAAGGACGCGCCCUCGUCGGUGGAGACGCCGUCCCCGAUGGACACACCGGCCCCCAUCACCACGCCGUCGCCGGUACACACCCAUACUCCAGUUAACUCACAGCCUCCGGUACUCCCACCUCUUAACAACGAGGCUCCUGCCGUUGCGACAAGCGCCGUCGAGGCACCAGCAGACGCCCCUCCGGCUGUUCCUCCGCCGCCUGCCAACAAGGACGCAUAGUUGGAGCCUAGGGACAGCAAUCUACCACGGACACGGAAACUAUGUUCAUAGUAUCCGAGACCAUUUAAUGUGAACCAGCGCGAGAGGAAUACAUGAUGGAAGAUGUAAUCAAUUGACAGGCGCUGGAUUUUUAAUCGGGAAGCGUUUUUCUAGCUACAUACCCCAGAUAUCUAGGCAUCUACCAUCUUAUAUACCCCUAAUUUACGGCCAAAGAGUUAAUCUCA